AUGGCGCGCGGCGUGGCGGCGGCUACCAAGGGCGGCGCGGGCGCCGGGAAGAAGAAGGGGUCGGUCACCUUCGUGAUCGACUGCACCAAGCCCGUCGACGACAAGAUCAUGGAGAUCGCGUCGCUUGAGAAGUUCCUGCAGGAGCGCAUCAAGGUCGCCGGGGGCAAGGCCGGCAACCUCGGGGACUCCGUCACCGUCGCCCGCGACAAGAGCAAGGUCACCGUCACCUCCGACGGGGCCUUCUCCAAGAGGUACGGACAUGCAGCCGCUCCCUCCCUCCCCAGGUACUUGAAGUACUUGACGAAGAAGUACCUGAAGAAGCACAACGUGCGUGACUGGCUUCGGGUGAUUUCAUCCAACAAGGACCGCAGCGUCUACGAGCUCCGGUACUUCAACAUUGCUGAGAACGAGGGCGAGGAGGAGGACUAG